CGAAGAACUCUGACGUCACCCAUUCACUUCCGGGCUGGAAACCGCUACCCGGGUGAUGCUAAAAAUGACUCAUUUGACACAUUUUUAUAACGGUUUUACAAAGUGCUUGAAAUAUUAACUUGGCGACGGACCCACGACGCGUUUUGACGUGGUCAGAAUAAUGACAGCGCGGUGCUUUGAAUGGUAACAAUAGCGGAUUGGAGCCGGCGAGAAGCGGCUGAGGUCUGCUCGGCUCCCUGCAGAAAGCAACCCAGCCGCAGCUACGAGCCUACGAGACAUAUUUCUGCCUGAAUAUUUGAGUCAUCUUAUGCAGUGACUUUCUUCCUCUCAAGAUGAAGUUAAAGGAAGACAUCAACCCCCUGCUACUACAGGUCUUUCGCUCCGUGGUUUGGGUCUAUUCAGUGAUCACCUUCAUACCCUGGUACUUCUUCUCUGGGGCCAGUACCAACCUGGAAUGGGCACGCCGCAUCAAAGCCCGUUCGGUUAGCGGGCACCCAGCCGGGCCUUAUAGGGCUAUCAACAGUCAAGAGAAGCUGGUGGCGUGGCUGCACCCUGGGGUGGAUACUCUGGAUAAAAUGUUUGCAUAUGCCGCCAAGAGGUUUCCCCAGAGGGACUGUCUAGGCACCAGGGAGGUGCUGAGUGAGGAGGACGAGCUCCAACCAAAUGGCAAGGUCUUUAAGAAGGUCAUCCUUGGGAACUAUAACUGGCUGUCAUAUGAGGAGACCUACCAGGCAGCGAGGACAUUCGGUAGUGGGCUUGCGUCUCUCGGCCAGAGGCCAAAAUGCAAGAUCGCAAUCUUCUGCGAGACCAGAGCUGAGUGGAUUGUAGCAGCCCAGGCCUGCUUUAUGUACAACUUCCAACUUGUGACGCUGUAUGCCACUCUUGGACCUACGGCCAUCGCCCACGGUCUGAACGAAACAGAAGUCACACACAUCAUCACUAGUAAAGAUCUGCUGCAGGGCCGUCUCAAGGCCAUUCUGUGUGAUGUCCCGAGGCUGCAGUUUGUCAUCGUGGUCGACAAGAAGCUGUCAAGUUGGCAGGACAUUCCCAGAGGCAUCAUGGUUCACAGCAUGGAGGCCGUAAAAGAGAUGGGAUCCAAGCCCGAAAACUUAGCAACAGACCGUAGAGAGCCACUAUCCUCAGACAUUGCCGUCAUCAUGUACACCAGCGGCUCCACAGACCUCCCCAAGGGUGUCAUCAUCUCCCACGGCAACAUCAUCGCUGGCAUCACCGGCAUGGCAGAGCGAAUCCCCAACCUCAAUGAAACAGACACCUACAUUGGGUACCUGCCGUUAGCUCACGUCUUGGAGCUCAGCGCAGAGCUUGUCUGCAUCUCUCAUGGCUGCCGUAUCGGCUAUUCCUCCCCUCAGACUCUCGCCGACCAGUCGACCAAAAUCAAAAAGGGCAGUAAAGGUGAUGCCAGUAUGUUGAGACCUACGCUCAUGGCUUCUGUUCCAGAAAUAAUGGACCGUAUUUAUAAGAACGUGAUGACAAAAGUGGAGGGCAUGAGCAAAUUUCAGAGGACGCUCUUUGUGCUGGCGUAUAACUACAAGAUGGAGCAGAUCUCCAAAGGCUACAGCACACCUCUUUGUGACAGUCUGGUGUUCAAGCGUGUCCGUGCGCUGCUGGGUGGCAACACCCGCGUGGUUCUCUCUGGCGGGGCUCCAUUGUCGGCCGCCACGCAGCGCUUCAUGAACAUCUGUCUGUGCUGCCCUGUGGGCCAAGGCUACGGCCUGACAGAGACCUGUGGAGCAGGCACCAUCAGCGAGAUUUGGGACUACAGCACAGGACGGGUCGGAGCACCUCUGGUUUGUUCAGAGAUCAUGCUCAAGGACUGGGAAGAGGGAGGCUUCUACAGCACAGACAAGCCCAACCCACGAGGGGAAAUUGUGAUGGGUGGGCCAAACGUAACAAUGGGCUACUACAAAAAUGAUAUCAAGAACCGGGAGGACUUCUUUGUGGACGCUAAAGGCCAACGGUGGUUCUGCACGGGGGACAUUGGAGAGUUCCACUCCGACGGAUGCCUCAAGAUCAUUGACCGCAAGAAAGACUUGGUGAAACUGCAGGCUGGUGAGUACGUCUCUCUCGGAAAAGUGGAAGCUGUUCUGAAGAACUGCGCACUCGUAGACAACAUCUGUGCCUAUGCCAACAGUGACCAGUCCUACGUGAUCAGCUUCGUGGUCCCCAACCAGAAGCAGCUGAUGGCGUUGGCAGAGCGAAUGCAAGUGCGAGGCACAUGGGAGGAGAUCUGCAACAGCCCCGUGAUGGAGAAGGAAGUCCUCCGCAUCAUCAAAGAUGCUGCGCUCUCAUCAAAACUGGAGCGGUUCGAGAUCCCCGUGAAGGUCCGCCUCAGCGCGGAAGCCUGGACACCAGAGACUGGCCUGGUCACCGACGCUUUCAAACUAAAACGCAAGGCGCUCAAAACCCACUACCAAGAUGACAUUGAAAGGCUGUACGGAGGGAAAUAACACUUGCAUGCACAUAAUAAAGACAGGCACGCACAUAAUACUACACAGGCAGUGCAGUGCUGCAAAGACUUGAAGAGGAUGUAUUAUGCUUAAAACACAGUUCACAUUCAAAAACAAGCCAGCCUCCCAGAGAAAAUGCAGCUCAUCAGUCCUUUCUACCUUCCACCCAAGCAGUGACUCACUCCCAACUCCACUCCUAUCCAUGUGCUGAGCCCUCAGAGUUGCCAUGGCAACCAAGACCUAAUAGGAACUUCUGCAUGAAGUGAAACAAAUGUGAGGUUCAGACCAGCCACCCUUUUCUCUUCCCAGGGGCCAGCAACCGGUACAGCACACUCUUGGCCUAAAAACUCUAUGUGGGGAAAGAAUGGGGUCGCAUAAGUUUAGCCUUCAAAAGUCAAUCUGUUGUUUUUCUUUUUUUGAAUCUGGGUUUCUGUCUUUAUCAAUGAUAUAUGACGAGAACCCGCAAGAGUCAAGGUUCUUGUUGGAUAUUGGCUUGUUUCUGAUCAUCUUUUAACUGUCUUAUCAACAAUUUGGGCCCAGAUUUAAGAACACCAGAAGGAGUAAUACUCAGGUUGUUACAUGCAGGGACAACUUCUUUUUUUUUUUUCUACCUGUGUUCCUCUGUUGCUUCUCAUUUUCUCUUUCGUUUGUUUGAGGAAAAAGUGAUUCAAAGCCAUGAGCGAUUGAGCAUUUUUUUUUUGGCAUACACUUUUUGUUACUAUUCUAUGACAACCCCACAAUUUUUAUUCACCAUUUUCUGCGUUUGUGUUUUGUAUUUCUCCUCCACUGAAUGACUGAAAGACUCCACUAAAAAGUCGGUCAGCGGCUAAGAUCAAAUGCGAGGGCUGGAUCGUUUACCCGUGUCCCAAAGUUUGUUUACUCUAGUGCAUGUUUACUGAUUUGUUUCCACCUUUGUCGGUGGUCUCCAGUCGGAGGAGACCAUGGGCAUGUCCAAAGUUUGUGUGUGGAUUGCAAAUGUCGCCCUACCUCACAUUUUUCCUCAUCGUGCGCCAUGUCGGGUUGCAGCCAACCUACUGUCAGCUUUCUCCCGUUAUUAUGCACCUUGUCGGGUUUUGUUCCUCCCGUCAAAUGUACCUUGUUACGACCUUUCUUGGUAUAAUGCACAAUGUCGGGUUGCGUAAUGUGUCACCGUCCUUUAGUCAUGACGCGCCUGUUUCUUGCCCCUGGAUAACACUGUUAUCUCUAUCCCGCUUAACGGGUGGUGGCUAAUUUACUGUUUUGUUCCUCUCAUCAGACUUACCAUGUUCCUCGUAAUGAUGCACCUUGUCUGGCUGCGGUUAACGUAAGAUGUUAUGGUCCUCUUGUCAAUGGAAACGAUAACUUACUAUGUUCAUUCCGUGAUGAUAUGCCUUGUUGGGAUGUGAAUAAUGUACGAGGUUAUGGUCCUCGAGUCAAAGUACGCCCUGUCGGGUUGUGGCGGCACUCACUCAUGAGCGUAAACAUGUCUCCACCAUCACCAGACAGAACAUUUGAAGAUAAAAUCCCAAUAAAUGACUUAAGCGCUGAUUGGAUUUGUCAAAGGCAACCUAGUUUCCUCAUAGUUCCUUUUUCUUUGUCCUCCUUAUGCCUAAUUAUGUUUUUUCCUACUUGUGAAUAUAAAUUACAAAUGAAUGUGCAAUAUUUACACGUAAAUUUUAAACAAAAUAUUUAGGUCGGUAACAAAAAACAGGCACAGUAAGGAUCUUUCUCCAUAGACCUUGUUAAAGCCAGUCUUCUAGCGGAGUAGUAAGACAUAGGAACCUGCAGGGGUAAAAGGAAGCAUGGUAGAGAGACACUGUAAGGAUGUUUACUGGUAAAUUGUUCUAUUUAGGGUGGAAUGUAGGGAUGGGCUGAAUUGAUCAAGAUUUUUUGUGUCAUAUCUCAAAGUAAUUGGGGCACAAUGGCGAAGUUGGGCUACAAACUACUUUGCUCAAUGGAACACUGGCAAAGAAACAGGAUAUGGGAACAUUUAGAAAAAGUCAAAAUAUCAACAAAUCAUCUUUAUGUUCCUCCUAUAGUGCCAUCCAUCCCUUUGGAAAGUGAACAUGGUCGUAUAGAAAUGGCUUGUGCACCAAACCGCGGACAUUAUGAUUCCACAAAGAGAUACCAAACAGGCAUGGUGGGAGUUGAUGAACACACUCCAAUAUAUUUAAAUAAUCUCACUUAAGUGUGGCGUGAAACUUUUUUUUUUUUUUAUACACAUCGCAAGUGACAUUUAUGUAUGUACCUUUUAAAAAUGUGUAUGAAGGUGUAAAUAAAAUGUUCUACCAUUUGCAUAUUUAAAUUCAUGUACAUUCAUAAUCACUGUAGCUUUGUGGUGUUAACAAGCAUAUUUUUCCGUCAAGGACACUUUUUUUUUAUCUUACUCCCUACCCCCGACCUGUUAUGUUAAGCACCCCCAUCUUCUCCCAUCGCUGCCUGGAAUACAAAAUCUGUUUGUAGAUAUUUAGCAUGUUUUUUAUUUUCUACUGUACUACCGGGGAAUCCGUAGUUACUGUGCUGUUUUGCUGCUCUUCCUCUGCCUGACUUGAGGCGGCGUGUUGCCUUCUGACACACUCGAAGAAUGUGACAUCACAAGUCCCACGUCCUUACUCCCAAUUAAGUGGUAACAGUGGAAUGUCACUCUUGUAAAUAUGCUGACAGGAGGGGGAUGGCGCCAUAAUCUUUAAAAGCUAGGUUUCCUCUGCAUAUAUUCAAUAAUAAUCUUUAAUACUGAGCAUUUUCUUCCUUCUAUGGGAGCAGUGAGGGGGCCCCUUCAACCAGUUUGGAAAGAAAGUGUCUCUUUCUUUUGUCUCUGUGACUUGGCCUUGAACAUUGUGUAAUAAAAUGAAAAGUUUGUGUUGUAA